AUGAAUUCCCUGCUGCGGAGUGAGGAGAUGUGUUUAGCCCAGUUAUUUCUGCAGUCUGGAUCUGCGUACGACUGCAUCAGUGAACUGGGAGAACUGGGACUUGUAGAAUUUAGAGAUCUCAAUUCGUCUGUAAACGCCUUUCAAAGGAAGUAUGUGAAUGAGAUCAAGAAGUGUGAGGAGAUGGAGAGAAUUCUGAGUUAUCUUUUACGAGAAAUCAAAAAAGCUGACAUCUCACUCCCAGAUCGGGAUGUCAACCCUGUGGCUCCUUUACCCAAACAUGUCAUUGCGAUCAUGGAGCAGCUGCAGCGACUGGAGGUUGAGUUAGGAGAGGUUACGAGGAAUAAGGAGAAACUGCAGAAAAACCUCUUGGAGCUGACCGAGUACACACACAUGCUGCGCAUCACUCGAAACUUUGUCCAGAGAAAUACUGAGCGAGAGCCUUUACAAGGACAGUAUGAAGAAUUUCCUUUUCUGGAAAAGGAAACGAUGAUGGACUACAACAGCAUGCAGAGACUUGGAGCCAAACUUGGUUUUGUAUCUGGUCUGAUUCAUCGGGUGAAGAUUGAGGCUUUUGAGCGAAUGCUGUGGCGAGUGUGCAAGGGAUACACCAUCCUGAGCCACGCUGAAGUGGACGAGUAUCUGGACGAUCCAGAUACAGGCGAGCCAACCAAAAGCGUGGUUUUUCUGAUCUCUUACUGGGGAGAACAAAUUGGACAGAAAGUUAAGAAGAUUUGUGACUGUUACCACUGUCAUGUAUAUCCAUAUCCCAGUAACAACGAGGAGAGGAACGACGUGGUGGAAGGACUGAGGACACGUAUCCAGGACCUGCACACUGUUCUCCACAGAACAGAGGAUUAUUUAAAGCAGGUCCUCCUCAGGGCGUCAGAGUCGGUCUACACAUGGGUCGUGCAGAUCAAGAAGAUGAAGGCCAUUUACUACAUCCUGAACCAGUGUAGUUUAGAUGUUACAAACAAAUGUCUUAUAGCAGAGGCUUGGUGUCCUGUUGGCGACCUGCCUGCUCUGCGGAGGGCCCUCGAAGAAGGAUCAAGAAACAGUGGAGCUACUGUGCCUUCUUUUGUCAAUCGAAUUCCCACCAGUGACACUCCUCCUUCUUUGAUAAGGACCAACAAAUUUACCUCUGGCUUCCAAAACAUUGUAGAUGCUUAUGGUGUGUGUGCUUACAGAGAGAUCAAUCCUGCUCCUUUCACAAUUAUCACUUUUCCGUUCCUGUUUGCUGUGAUGUUUGGAGACCUGGGUCAUGGAAUCAUCAUGGCUUUGUUAGCUGUUUGGAUGGUGUAUUACGAGAAUGACCGCAAACUCAAAAAUACAAGAAAUGAGAUCUGGAACACAUUCUUUGAGGGCCGUUAUAUCAUCCUGAUGAUGGGGCUGUUUUCUGUCUACACCGGGUUCAUUUACAACGACUGUUUCUCCAAGUCGCUGAACAUUUUUGGCUCCAAGUGGAAUGUUUCAGCCAUGAUGGAAGCAAAUAUUUGGAAACCAGAGGAUAUCAGAGGACAUUCAACACUGACUCUUGAUCCGAAUGUUACGGGAGUUUUCUCUGGACCCUAUCCUUUUGGAAUUGACCCUAUAUGGAACCUUGCAUCCAAUCGCCUUACUUUUUUGAACUCCUACAAAAUGAAGAUGUCAGUUAUUAUUGGGAUUGUACACAUGAGCUUUGGCGUGAUCCUCAGCACUUGUAAUCACGUACACUUCAAGAAGAGCUACAACCUGUACCUGGUGUUUCUGCCUGAGCUGCUGUUCCUGCUGUGUCUGUUUGGAUAUCUCGUCUUCAUGAUUUUGUACAAGUGGUUGGUUUUCUCCGCAAAGGACUCCAGACACGCUCCAAGCAUCCUCAUCCAUUUUAUUAACAUGUUCCUGAUGCAAGGAGAUGCUUUAGAGCCUCUGUACGCAGGGCAGAGUGGACUGCAGAUUUUCCUUAUGCUAAUUGCACUAUUCUCAGUGCCUGUUUUAUUAUUGGGAAAACCACUGUACCUUUACUGGCUCCACAAAGGCAGUCACCGCAUUGGAACAUACAGAGGAUACCAGCGAGUGCGGCAUGACAGCGAUGAGGAGCUGUAUCUACUGAGGGCACAUGACAUGGAGGAGGGGAGCAGUCACAGUGAGGCGUCAAUGAGCGGAGAACGGCAAUUAGCAGAGUUUGACGUUGCGGACGAGUUCCUGCAUCAAGCUAUCCACACAAUAGAAUACUGCUUAGGAUGCAUCUCAAAUACUGCGUCCUACCUACGACUCUGGGCACUGAGCCUGGCACAUGCUCAGCUGUCAGAGGUCUUGUGGGCGAUGGUGAUGAGAGUUGGGCUUAGAAUGGACACCAGUCUCGGCAUUGUGUUCCUCGUGCCAGUGUUCGGCCUCUUUGCUGUCCUCACUGUGUCCAUCCUCUUGGUCAUGGAGGGUCUUUCUGCCUUUCUUCAUGCCUUACGAUUGCACUGGGUGGAGUUUCAGAAUAAGUUCUACAGUGGAAGUGGAGUCAAGUUUGUUCCAUUUUCCUUUUCAUUAAUGCCGUCCAGUUUUGAUAAUGAUGGAUUAUUAUAA